AUGGCAGAACUCGACACUCUAGAUAUCGUCGUUCUGGCCGUCAUCCUGCUGGGUACGGCCGCCUACUUCACAAAGGGCAAAUACUGGGGUGUGGUCAAAGACCCCUACGCCAACGCCCUCGCCAACGGAAAUGGAGCCAAGGCUGGUAAGACGAGAAACAUACUGGAGAAGAUGGACGAGUCGGGCAAGAACUGCAUCAUCUUCUAUGGAUCCCAAACUGGUACUGCCGAGGACUACGCCUCGAGGCUCGCAAAGGAGGGCAAGAGCCGCUUCGGUCUCGAGACCAUGGUUGCCGACCUGGAGGACUACGACUACGACAACCUCGACUCCAUUCCAAGCGACAAGGUCGUCAUGUUCGUCCUUGCCACCUACGGCGAGGGCGAGCCCACCGACAACGCCGUCGACUUCUACGAGUUCAUCACCGGCGACGACGUAUCCUUCUCCGGCGACAACGACCCUCCUCUGAGUAACCUUAACUUUGUCGCUUUUGGCCUCGGUAACAACACCUAUGAGCACUACAACUCGAUGGUCCGCAACGUCACAAAGGCGCUCGUGAAGCUCGGCGCGAACAAGAUCGGCGAGGCUGGCGAGGGCGACGACGGCGCCGGCACCAUGGAGGAGGACUUUUUGGCCUGGAAGGACCCCAUGUGGGCUGCCCUCGCCGAGAAGAUGGGUCUGGAGGAGCGUGAGGCCGUCUACGAGCCCACCUUCAACAUUAUCGAGCGCGAGGGCCUCGAUGCCUCCUCCCCCGAGGUCUACCUCGGAGAGCCCAACAAGAUGCAUCUCGAAGGCACCGCCAAGGGUCCUUUCAAUGCCCACAACCCUUACAUCGCCCCCAUUGCCGAAUCCAAGGAACUCUUCAACGUCAAGGACCGUAACUGCCUGCACAUGGAGGUCGACAUCAGCGGAUCCAACCUGUCCUACCAGACCGGCGACCACAUCGCCAUCUGGCCCACGAACCCCGGCGAAGAGGUCGACCGCUUCCUGGACCUCAUCGGACUCUCGGACAAGAGGCACUCCGUCAUCAGCGUCAAGGCCCUCGAGCCCACCGCUAAGGUUCCUUUCCCCACGCCCACCACCUACGACGCCAUUAUCCGCUACCAUCUCGAGAUCUGCGCCCCCGUCUCCCGCCAGUUCGUUUCCACCCUCGCCGCCUUCGCCCCCAGCGAGGACAUCAAGGCCAAGAUGGUCAAGCUCGGUGGUGAUAAGGAUCUCUUCUCCGAGAAGAUUGGUGCUCACUACUUCAACAUUGCCCGUUUCCUGCACUCCGUUAGCGGCGGCCAAAAGUGGACCAACAUUCCAUUCUCCGCUUGGAUCGAGGGUCUAACGAAGCUUCAACCCCGCUACUACUCCAUUUCCUCCUCCUCCCUGGUCCAGCCCAAGAAGAUCUCCAUCACCGCCGUCGUCGAGAACCAGACGAUCGCCGGCCGCGACGACCCCUUCCGCGGCGUCGCCACCCACUACCUCUUGGCCCUCAAGCAGAAGCAGAACAACGACCCUGAACCGAGCGCCUUUGGCAUGACCUACGAGAUCACCGGCCCCAGGAACAAGUACGACGGCGUCCACGUCCCCGUCCACGUCCGCCACUCCAACUUCAAGCUGCCCUCCGAUCCCUCCAAGCCUAUUAUCUGUAUCGGUCCCGGCACCGGUGUCGCUCCUUUCCGCGGCUUCAUUCAGGAGAGGGCCAAGCUCGCCCGCGAAGGAGACGAUGUUGGCCGGACGAUUCUCUUCUUCGGAUGCCGCAAGUCAACCGAGGACUUUUUGUACAAGGAUGAGUGGGAGCAAUACAAGAAGGACCUCGGCGACAAAUUCGAGCUCAUCACCGCCUUCUCCCGCGAGGGCCCUAAAAAGGUCUACGUCCAGCACCUCCUCAAGGAGCGCUCCGAGGAGAUCAACAAGCUGCUCGAGAAGAAGGCGUACUUCUAUGUGUGUGGCGAUGCCGCCAACAUGGCCCGCGAAGUCACCGCCGUUCUCGCUCAGAUCCUGUCGGAGCAGCGCGGCAUCUCGGAGGCCAAGGCCGAGGAGGUUGUCAAGAACAUGAGAGCGGCGAACCAGUACCAGGAGGACGUCUGGUCAUAG